GCCGGCGUGAGUCACGGCGGGGCUCGCCUUUAUAACGGCCGGGAGGCUCGCGGGAGCCGCCGCGCCCGCCCGCCCGCCGCUCCGCGCUCCCCCGAGCGCGCCCCGCGCCCGCGCCCCCCGCCGGCCCCAACGGCCGUCCAGUCCCGCGGGCGCCAUGAGGAGCCCGCGCUGCGCCCCGCUCCUGCUGCUGCUGCUGCUGCCACCGCUGCUGCUCACGCCCCGCGCGGGGGACGCCGCCGUGAUCACCGGGGCCUGCGACAAGGACCCCCAGUGUGGUGGAGGCAUGUGCUGUGCUGUUAGUAUCUGGGUCAAGAGCAUAAGGAUUUGCACACCUAUGGGCAAACUAGGAGACAGCUGCCAUCCACUGACUCGUAAAGUUCCAUUUUUUGGGCGGAGAAUGCAUCACACUUGUCCAUGUCUGCCAGGCUUGGCCUGUUUACGGACUUCAUUUAACCGAUUUAUUUGUUUAGCCCGAAAGUAAUCACUUUAGAGUAGAAACUUUAAAUGUGAAUAACCACAUGAUGUCUGUAAAGUCUUACUUGUGAUUGUGCCAAACAAAUAAUAUGCCAGAAAGAAAAGCUCUUGCUUCCUCAACUUUCUAAGUAACAUUUUUAUCUUUGAUUUUUAAAUGAUGGGUUUUGGGGUUUUCUUUGUUUUUUUACUGAAAGGGAAUUUUAAUUUUGGAUAGAAAUAUAAAGUAUAAGCCAUUAUGGAACUGGUUCUCAUUUCCCUGUUUGUGUUUUGGUUUGGUUUGGCUUUUUUAAUGUCAAUAACUUACCCAUUUUCACAAAAAUGAGGAACAUAAGAAUUUGGUAUUUUGUUACAGAAACAUUUUUUUUUCUCACCUCCCCAUCUGUGCCCCACGACGUGUACACACACACACCCUUUGGUCUCUUCCCUCUUACUCCUCGAAGAAUGUUAAGGCUCUCACUUUCUUCUUCUCCAUUUCCCUUCUCUCCUCUUCAGCAUGUUACAGUAGAGGGUCUGUGUCCUGUGCCUGGCAAAAUCACUGUCGAGAAUCAAGCUUUUAGCCUGAUACUUAAACAGUGGAAAGAGCGUGCAGUUGAACUAGACACGCCACUCCUCUCUCCUGGAGUGGAGGCUGGGAGUGCUUCUGGAACUUUUCUAAACCUGUCUAUCCAGUGGACCUCAGCUCUGCUCCUUGGUGUGAGGACACAAGGAAUGGAAAGCCAAAUUAAUUUAGUCCAGAUUUCUAGAUUUGGGUUUUUUUUUCCUAAAUAAAAGAAUUCUUUUCCAAUACAAUAUUACAUUUAUUCCUUUUUCUUUUUAUAAAGUUUAUUUUUUAAAAAAAAUCUCUGAGUUAGAGAUAUUCUAGGAAGUAUCACUUGAAGAGGAAGUAUUGAUUUUACUCUGGCAUACCACUAGUUACCAUUUUUAAAUUGGUAUUAAAUUGUCAUCUAAACUUUAUUUGUAACCGAAAGGUCGAUUAUAAUGGAUUGUCUGACAUCCUGCCAUUUGUACCUGUAUCAAUAUUGCUGUGUAAAAAUUCUGUAUCAGAAUAAUGACAGUACUGUAUAUCAUUUGAUUUAUUUUAAUAUUAUAUCCUUAUUUUUGUCACAAUCGUUGUCAGUUUUUAUUACAAGCAGAUUUCUAUAUAGGCCACAUCCUAACAUGGGUAAAGACUCCAAAGUUGGUAAAACAGCCCUAACAAUAUGUGCGUUUUCAUUUUACAUGCAGGAAAGUUCUGUUUUGUAUGGAUUUUAAGGUUGUGCAAAAAAUAAAGUGUGAGGUUUUGGAGCAGAAAGGAAAAUGAUGACAUGCAAAUCUGGUUGUAAUGAGGGGUGGACUUGUGGGAAUUCACUGUAUUGAUUCAGCAAAUAGUGAUGGAGUGUGUCUCGUGGAUGGUCAGGCAGGCUGGCCUGCUGGGUCCCAGCCCUGCAGUGAUGCCAAUGUAGACUGGCCCUGGAAAACCCACCGAGUAUUGUAAAUGGAUUCAACAUCACAAAUAAACAACUUAUGAAAUGUG